AUGGUCACUGUGGCCUGGUGGCUCAACCCUGCUCCAGGGUCUGCGGCGCUGGGGAGACCACUGGCCGCCUGCGCCAGCUGCGGGGGUGUGGCUCUGGAGAGUCCUGCUUGGCGUGCAGCUCGUUUCCCUGAUUACGUGGCCUCCAAGCCACAUCCCCAAACUCUCCUGGAGGUGGAGAAGCAAACUGCAAACAGCCCGGGGCCCUGGCCGGUUCCCUGUGACUGCCCCGGCAUAAAGCCUGGCCUGUACCGGGUGCCCGCUCCGGGUCCUCCUGCUGUGGCUCAACUCUGCACCAGGGUGGAGGCUGGCUGCCGGUGCCAAGGAGCGCGCAUGCCUGGAGCAGGGCCAGCUCGGAGCAUCCCUGCGUCCGAGCAAGAGGAACGCGGCAGUCACCGUGAGGCCUGGAGCUGGGGUGGGGUGGGGAACCUGAGACUCUGGCUGGUCGCGGGACCCCCCAGCGGAUCCCAGCCCCCACUCACCCCUGCGCCAGCCCCUCUCCUGACCCUGCUCUCCACCAGAGUGAAGAGGCCACUGCCUGUCGAGGGGGAUGCAUGCAACAGGAAGAAACCAAGUCAGCUGAGCCCCGGCUCGGCCUCUGAGCGGAGAAGGGCGGCUGUCGCCGGAGAGGGCGCAGAGGCGCUGGGCGGGACGCUGCCCGGGGCCCCCACCGGCUGGCAGGACGGUCCCAGCGCACGCCAAGCACACGCAGGCUCGCGCCGGGCACCGGCUGAGACCCUCUGGCCCUGCUAUUGCUCACUGUUAGAGCAAAGUGCCCUUGGUGGUGGGGAGGGCACACGGUGGGAGGGAACAGAGCUUGCUCUGACCUGA